AUGGAGAAGAGUAGCAGUACUAGCACAAGCACAGAAAAGAUAGAGACAAGUGGAGGAAAUGGACAAGUUCUAGACGGUUCAGAUAUAAUGGAGUUGGUUGGGAAUGAAGAGGUGUUUAGUAGUUUCGUCGAUCAUAAGUUCCAAGAGCUGGAUAGAGAUAGAGAUGGCAAGCUCUCUGUAAAAGAACUUGAACCUGUUGUCGCUGAUAUUGGUGCUGCUCUUGGCUUGCCUGCUCAAAGUUCAUCUCCUGAUACUGCUCAUAUCUACACUGAGGUUCUAAAUGAAUUCACACAUGGCAAGCAAGAGAGAGUGAGCAAGACUGAAUUUAAAGAAGUUCUAUCAGAUUUUCUUCUAGGCAUGGCUGCCGGUUUGAAGCGAGACCCUAUAGUGAUCCUCCGUAUCGACGGGGAAGAUCUUUCAGAGUUCAUUAAUGGACCAGGUUAUGAAGCAGAAAUGGCGUCUUUAUUUUCACAGUUAGAAUCUCCUGAUGGAUCACUCCAUGACUGCAUUGUCAAAGCUUUGGAACAACUUACUGUUGAUCAAGGGAUGCCUCCAUCUUCAGAUUCUUGGGUAAUUAGCAACAUUGUGGAACCAUCUUUACAAUCUUGUGCUGGUCAAGAUUAUGACAAGCCUCCUUCUCAAGAGACCUUCUUGAUGGAGUUCAAGAAAGUGGCAGAGUGUGUAGCUCAACGUCUCAAGGAGCAGCCUGUGAUUGUUGCACACAGUGAAAAUACCUUUGAUGGAAGUGGAAUUAAGAGACUUUUAUCCAACAAAUUUGAAUUAGACAAGACACUAAACGCGGCAAUGGAAAAUGUGCCAAAAGAUCGCAAUGGGAAAAUAUCUAGGGAGUAUUUACGUGUGGCACUAGAUGCGAUCGGCCCAUCUGCUGGCCUGCCGCCAAUCGGUGCAAUCCAUGAGAUGGAUGAGGUUAUACGCGAAGCGUUUAAGAUGAUGGACGCAGAUGAUGGGAAACCGGUUAGAGAAGAUGAGUUCAAGAAGAUGUUGACAGAAAUCAUGGGAAGUAUAAUGUUGCAGUUAGAGGGCAACCCCAUCUCAAUUUCUUCAAAUUCUGUUGUCCACGAGCCCCUUACUCCCUCCUCUACACUUUUGCCGCCAUCUUCCUAG